AUUUGGCACGCGAAGUUCCUCGUAGUGUCUGUUGGAAGAUUCGUACCUGGAUAUAGUCGAGUCUCAGACGCCUGAUGGAGAAAUCUACUUGACUUUAAUUCCACUAUAAUAGGAAGACAGAACUCUCCAUGAAGAGAGGAAUACACCUUAGACCACAAAAUAAAGAUUUGAUUGGUUUCCUGCCCCAGCACCCUCCAUCUAGCUCUGGACACCCUGUAAUACUGCUACCACCCUAGAAACACACAGGACUAAAAUGAUUCUGACAGGAAGGCAACUCUGAACAUAUCAAAUUUCUUUUCCCUUCUCUUCCUUCUGUUAUUUGUUCUCUCAGUCAUGCUGUAUUCAGCGGAGAGACACCUCUGUUAGCUGAGUUUCUGUCAUUCAUAAGGAGAGCCCUUAGAAAAGCACAAGUGGUUUGUUGAAGAGACUGACAAAAAAAUUAUACCGUCUACUGUACAUAAUUAGCUGAAUUGGCAGUUGAAGUCGAAUCAGCGAUCUCUUGGUAAAUUCUGAUAACAUAAGUUCACUAUUGUACGUUCUCUUGGCCUGGGUUUGGUUGAUGUUUGAUGCGCAGAAAAUAGGAGGAAUUUGAUCAAAGUGAAGACAAGAAGAACUCUGGAAGACAAGAGCAGGACAAAAGGUGAAAGAGUUUAAAUGAAAUGAACUAUGUCAACUACAACAUAGAGUUGUCUGAACACUGACUGCAGGUUUUAAACCUCAACAUAGAGUUGUCUGAACACUGACUGCAGGUUUUAAACCUCAACAUAGAGUUGUCUGAACACUGACUGCAGGUUUUAAACCUCAACAUAGAGUUGUCUGAACACUGACUGCAGGUUUUAAACACAACAUAGAGUUGUCUGAACACUGACUGCAGGUUUUAAACCUCAACAUAGAGUUGUCUGAACACUGACUGCUGGUUUUAAAGAGUGAAAUCCUGCUCCCUCCCCAUCCAUUUCCCUUCAUCAUCCCCCUCUCUCCUGUUGUUCCUCUCCUUCUGCCCAUCUUCCUUUUCUCUCCCACAUUCUACUCAUGUUGUCUCAACGGACCCUUCUCUCUUGGCUGCUGACACCUGUUGACCUAGUCUGAGAGCACCACAGACAUACAGCAACCAAACCUCUCCAUACCUUCCUUCCAGUCUUUCCUAUUCUGUCUAUCUAUAGUCCACCCUGGCACCCGGCACUAUUCCGUCUAAGGGGGAGGAGGACUUUCUGACCCUGGCCGCUUCUCGGUUCAGCCGUCGGAAGCGUGCCAUCGGAGCCGCCAUGGGCGUGGCCAUGGUUCUACUCCUCCUGAUAGCUAUCCCCCUAUUGGUUCACACCAUGAAAGGGGGAGGAGCUAGCCAAGGAAGUGGCGGUGAGGGGACCCAUUAUGAGAUGCUGGGGAGCUGCAGAAUGGUCUGCGACACAUAUAGUACUGCCCAACCAGGCCAGGAGCUGACAGCCAUGUCCCCUCAACCGGAAUACCCUGGGCGGAAGAAAACAGGGUACCGCGGGGUCCCUGGGAUCCCUGGUCCUCCAGGCGCCCGAGGACCCCCUGGGGAAUCAGGCAAGCCAGGGCCACAGGGGCCUCUUGGCCCUGGACCUAAUGGUUACUUCCCCUCCUACAGCCCCAAAAUCGCCUUUUAUGCAGGGCUAAGGAAACAGCACGAGGGCAGCGAGGUGUUGAAGUUUGAUGAUGUGGUAACCAAUGUAGGGAACUACUAUGAGCCAAGUACUGGGAAGUUCACCUGUCCUCUACCUGGUAUCUACUUCUUCACCUACCAUGUUCUGAUGAGGGGCGGAGAUGGGACCAGCAUGUGGGCUGACCUGAAGAAGAACGGACAGGUGAGAGCCAGUGCCAUCGCCCAGGAUGCGGACCAGAACUAUGACUAUGCGUCUAACAGUGUGAUCCUGCAUCUAGACGUGGGGGACGAGGUGUGUGUACAGCUGGACGGGGGGAAGGUCCAUGGAGGAAACACCAACAAAUACAGCACAUUCUCUGGGUUCCUCAUCUACCCUGACUGACUGAAUUGACCAACUUGACCAACUGGACUGACUGACCUUCACAACUUUAAAAAGACAAGAGAGGCUGUGGGCGGACUGCAGGAGCUGAAGGCAACACAGACAGAUGCAGACAAAC